AUGUCUCUGACGAGUUUUCUACCGGUGCCGACUCAGCUGUCGCAAGACCAGCUGGAGGCAGAGGAGAGGCUCCGGGCCCAGAAGACUUACUCCACCGCCCUGGUUGCGUCCCGCAAAGAGCCUCCUCCGUACGGACACCGAAAAGGCUGGGUGCCGCGCACACUUGAGGACUUUGGCGAUGGAGGAGCCUUCCCAGAAAUCCAUGUGGCCCAGUUUCCUCUGGAGAUGGGCAGGAAAAAGAAGACGUCCAACGCCCUGGCAGUGCAGGUGGAUGCCGAAGGAAAGGUUAAAUAUGAUGCCAUCGCCAGACAAGGGCAGGGAAAAGAUAAGGUGAUCUUCAGUAAGUACACCGACCUACUUCCAAAGGAAGUUCUUAAUGAAGAUGCUUCGGAACUACGGAAACCUGAUGAGGAGGCAGUUCAAGAGCUGACAGAGAAGACCCGCGCCGCUCUGGAAAAGCAAGUGUCUCAGAAGAUUGCUGCCGCCAUGCCUGUAAGAGCAGCAGACAAACAAGCCCCCGCACAGUACAUCAGAUACACCCCUUCCCAGCAGGGUGUGGCUUUUAAUUCAGGGGCCAAACAGAGAGUCAUCCGUAUGGUGGAAAUGCAGAAAGACCCCAUGGAACCGCCUCGUUUUAAAAUCAACAAGAAAAUUCCUCGAGGACCUCCUUCUCCACCCGCCCCGGUCAUGCAUUCUCCAAGUAGAAAGAUGACGGUGAAGGAACAGCAGGAGUGGAAGAUUCCUCCAUGCAUCUCCAACUGGAAGAACGCAAAGGGUUACACCAUUCCUCUUGACAAACGUCUGGCUGCUGAUGGAAGGGGUUUGCAAACGGUUCACAUUAAUGAGAACUUUGCCAAGCUGGCCGAGGCCCUUUAUAUUGCUGAUAGAAAGGCCAGGGAAGCUGUGGAGAUGAGAGCCCAGGUGGAGAAGAAGAUGGCUCAAAAGGAGAAGGAGAAGAAAGAGGAGAAACUCAGGGAGCUGGCACAGAUGGCUCGAGACCACAGGGCAGGGAUCAAAAGCCACGGUGACAAAGGUGGCGAGGACGGCGAGGCCAGGAAGCGGGACAUGAUCCGCCACGACAGGAUAAAAGAACGACAGCACGACAGGAACAUUUCCAGAGCUGCUCCUGAUAAGAGGUCGAAGCUGCAGAGAGAUCAGGACAGAGACAUCAGUGAGCUCAUCGCCCUGGGCAAACCCAACCCUCGUUCCUCCAGCGAGGCUCAGUACGACCAGCGCCUCUUCAACCAGAGCAAGGGUAUGGAUAGUGGAUUUGCUGGUGGUGAAGAUGAGACCUACAAUGUGUACGACCAGCCCUUCCGCAGUGGAAAAGAUAUGGCCUCCAACAUCUACAGGCCCAGCAAGAACAUUGACAAAGACGCCUACACAGAUGACUUUGACUCCCUCAUGCGAAACAACAGGUUCGCUCCAGAUAAGGAGUUCUCAGGCGCCGACCACAAUCAAAGGCGGGAAGGCCCGGUCCAAUUCGAAGAAGAUCCCUUCGGCCUGGACAAGUUCUUGGAGCAGGCCAAGCAGCACGGCAGCUCUAAGAGGCCGUCCACCAGCAACCGCUCAAAGGACGACUACCACGACAAGAAGCGCAGGAAGGAGUGA